CUCCCGCGCAAAACAUUUGAAGGAGAGCAGUCGACUUCAGGCGCUACAGCGACCAGCGCGAUGGCCCCAUGAAUCGAUGAUUCAUCGUCCGCUUCCUCGACAGAUGCGUGCUGCGCGUGUUCUCGCGUCGGCAAUUCCCAGCUUCGAUCGACGCUCGUCUCCAUCUUUCUCUGCGCUCUCUCUCGCCUUGCGCGCACCGCUCUGCUCGCGCUUCUGUGGAGAAGUGACUUCGUCUCCUCCUCCUCCUCCUCUUCUUCGUCUUCCUCCUCUUCUGUGACUCUUUGCGGAGUGCCAGCAGCGUCUUGUCCCGCCCGGACGUAUGAGAUUUCCACUCGCCAGUGAUAUCCUGUUCCACCCGCCUGAACAUUGUUCUGAUUGAGGGAGCGGAGCGAUUGCGGUUUAAGGCUAGUUCGUAUUUCAAGUUUGCGCACCGCUUUCCCCAAAAUCGCCUCUUAUGAAUCAGUAUCAUAUAUAUGAGGCGAUCGGGCGUGGUAAACAUUCGACUGUGUACAAAGGGAGGAAGAAGAAGUCGAUUGAAUACUACGCUAUCAAAAGCGUAGAGAAAGCCCAGAAGACCAGAGUUUUACAAGAGGUCAGGACACUCCACUCGCUUGACCACCACAAUGUUCUCAAGUUUUAUGCCUGGUAUGAGACGUCUGCUCAUCUAUGGCUGGUCCUGGAGUACUGCGUAGGUGGUGAUCUUCUCACCUUGCUCCGACAGGACACACGGCUACCAGAGGAGUCAAUCCAUGACUUUGCAAGGGACCUUGUCCAGGCAUUGCAAUUUCUACACUCGAAAGGAGUAAUCUACUGCGAUUUAAAGCCUUCCAACAUCCUGCUGGAUGAAAAUGGUCGUUUGAAGCUUUGUGAUUUUGGAUUGGCAAGGCGACUUGGUGAUAUCUCGAAGAGCUCAGUACAACAGCUUCCACAGGCGAAACGAGGGACUCCGUGUUACAUGGCACCGGAGCUUUUUCAGGAAGGAGGGGUACAUUCGUUUGGUUCAGACUUAUGGGCUCUUGGUUGUGUUAUGUACGAGUGCUUUUCUGGAAGGCCCCCAUUUGUGUCUAAUAGUUUCACACAAUUAGUCAAUUCGAUAUUGACCGAUUCUCCGCCUCCACUUCGGGGUAAUCCAACAAGUGAGUUUCAGAAUCUUGUAGGCCGCCUCCUUGUAAAAGACCCUGCAAAAAGAUUACAAUGGGCAGAACUCCGGGAGCAUCCUUUCUGGCGAACGAAGAUUCAAACUGUUCCACUUCCCCCUCAACCUGCGUUGGCUAAUUUUCUUCGUAUGGCACAGAAAUCUGGGUCCCCUAGGAGCGAUUCAGCUGCUUCCAGAAACGCUCUACCUGAUAUAACUCCGAGUCCUGAUAAAAGAUCGUUACGAGACAAGAGUUCCAAACUGUCAGAUUCUUCUGCAGGGAAGAGGGGUGCUAGUCAGACCGCUUGCCUCGGUGAUGGACGUUCUGAGGAUGCUGGAUCUGUCGAAAAUGCUCCUAGUUCAGAAGCAGAUAGAGCAAGAAGAAUGAGCGGAGCAGCUGCUUCUGCCUCUCCCUUGAAAGGUGAACCUGCGAGGGCAAAUGGAGUUGUUAAUGUGCUGAGACUGUCCAAAAUUGUGAAGUCCAACUUGCAAAAGGAAGGCCAGGGAGAGUCUUAUCGACAACAUGUUCCCAACGCCCCUGCUGCCAAUGAUUCGGACGUGACCAUUGAAAACCAUGAUCAAGAGCUGGACUUUGCAGAGGUCAAUGAGAAUGAUGUGGAUGACGAUGAAGAAGAGGCAGCAACUUGUCCUUCUGCGACUGCUGUGCCAUCCGAGGAGAGCAAAGCAGAAGAGCAAGUGCCUUCUUUGGUCCAAACAGCACAGCCUGAAGGUGAGAAGCCAGAAGAUCUUACCGUCUGCCAGGUUGCACAACCGAUCAACCAAGAUCCUGAAGAUGAUCAUAGUGGCCCAAAGCCUGAGCAGGUUGAGGCUAAGAAACACGAUGCAGCGAGGUCGGAAGUAGCAGCCACGCCACCUGGAGUAGGAGUUCCAAGGAAAUUGCAGAGGCAGACAUCUGACGUGAGGGAUUUAAAGAAGAACUCUUCUCUCCCCUCAUCACAGGCUGCUGGAGAACCAGCGAAGGCGUCCCUUACCCUGUCACAAGCCUUGUGGCAUCCCUCUGACCUUUCUGUCCGGCCUAUUAUGAUCAGCAGAAGGGUGGAGAAGACUCCCGAUACCGCUUUCGAUGUUCGAACCCUUCCCGUUGAUCCGCUCCAGUUUUCUGACUUUGUCAAACUCUCAUCGGAAAUGGUAGAGUCCUUUGUCAACCGCAUUAUGACCAGCAUUCAAGGUAGUUCUUCUCUAAAUGAUAAACUGAACACGUUACGAUAUGUCGAAAGUCUGUGCAGCAACAUUGACGCUGCCAAUAUCUUGAUAAAUGGUCCUCUGAUGUCUCUCCUAGUGAAGACGUUAAGAACGUCGAAACUGCCGACUCUUAGAGUGCAGGUGGCAUUUGUUAUGGGUUUGUUGAUUCGUCAUGCAACACUCAUAGAGGACGACUUAGCUGGCUCGGGCAUAAUCGCUGUGCUGACUGAAACCUUGCGAGAUAAGCAGGAGAAAGUACGUCGCUGUGCAAUGGCUACCCUUGGAGAGCUACUCUUUUAUAUUGCUACACAAAGUGAGGGCUCACCAAGGUCCGGCGUCACAAACGAGAGCGGUUCCAAAGAUGGACGAUCUUCCUCAGUAUGGCAGGUUUCGAGCACCACCAUUGCUCUCGUUGCGUCAAUUUUGAGGAAGGGAGAAGAUGAUGUGACUCAGCACUACGCCCUAAAGACCAUCGAGAACAUCUCAAGCCAAGGAUGGGACUGGGCAUCUCGUUUCACCAGUCGUGAAGUUAUCAAUAACCUUUGUCACACAUUCAAAUCCUCUGGAAAGCCAGAAGCUGUCAGAGCGUCUGCUGGGUCCUGCCUUGUGCGCUUGGUACGGUUCAGCCCGACCACUAUCCCGUCAGUUUUAGAAAAAGUAACCUUCAAGGAUCUGGUUGUAGUGUUGGCUCGAGGAAGUGCUAAGGAGCAGCAAGUGAGCCUGAAUCUUCUCAACAUGGCCCUGGUAGGGUGCAGCGUUAUUAACAACAUGAGCAAGUACCUACUGGCCUUAUUGGAGGAGAAAACGCUCGUCCCGAGUUUGAUGGCUUUGUUGGAGCAGGGUCUGGAAGUUCUGCGGGGUAAAGCGUUCGUAUGUGCUGGGCUCCUGUGUAAGGUUAAUAGGCGAUGGCUACCAUCUCUGUGUAAUGCAAAGUUGAUGCCGGUCAUCGAGCGAUCGGCAAAAGAGAAAGAUCCUUAUGUGCAGCAGUGUGUUGAAACUCUGGUACAGACUAUCAUAAGUAUUGUUCCAGAUAUCCUGGAUAGUAUCUCCCUAGACAUCUUGCAGCUGUCAAGUGCUAAACGACCGAGCUCCACAUCUUCAAGGGGGCAGCCUCGAAGUUCAAUUCCACUUUUCCCAGUUGUCCUUCAUUUGUUCAAUAGUCCUACCCUGAGGAGCAGGCUCGUAAAUGAGCAAGUAAUCAAGCAGCUUGUUGGGGCCUUGAAACAGGUGGAGACGCUCUCGUUUCAGGGUCAUGAUGAGUUUCAAUCCACACUACUCCAAAUCAUCGAGGUUCUAUCCCAGCAAUCCUCGGUCGUACUGAAGUAUCCGGAUACAUUUAUAGCACAGGUUCUACCGAGUCUUUCUCAACUGUACAAAUCGAACACUGAUGGGGACAUGAGGUUUCUAUGCUUCAAGAUAUUUUUCGACAUCCUGAUGUUGUAUCUUGAGGACAUAUCGACGUCAGACGGCGAGUCACCCAGUUCCCAAAACCCCGCUACCGAAAGUAGACCAACAUGCAUGACACACAUUGAGCCCAUAAUAGGGAAGUAUUUUCUACCUCUUUAUCCCAAGUUGGUUGAUGAUGAAGACCCUAUACCGAUGUACGCCCACAAGCUCCUGGUGAUGCUUCUCGAUCACAAGUGCAUCAAGAUUGUUGACAUAUUGCAGCUAAAACUUGUGUCUCAGUUUUUUGAGUUCCUCUCCGAUGACUUGUCUACAAUUAAUCUGCACAAUGUUAGAUUGUGCUUGUUUCUGGCAUCGGCACCCGAAGUAGAUAGCAAAUCCCUGUCUGCACUCAGAGUAGUAGGUCGGAUAGGAUCCCUCCUGGAGUUCGUACACGCCAAGGGCAUGGAGGAUUUUCUGGACCCGGUACUCUCUGUUUGCAAAUUUUUUCUAAUCCGGAAUGCUGGGAGCAGUGGAGGAAAAAGUGGGGAUGGUCUAAUUCAAGACAUUGAGGAAUUGUGUCGCCAUUCGGGGAUAUUUGUCGAACUUUGUGGGAGCCAUGACCGAAUCAGCGAGACGUCCGCGGAGUGUCUUGUUUUGACGGUGAAAGCAUCUCCUACGGCUGCCUCCAGCGGAGUCCUGGCAAAUUUGUCGAAAGUUGCGCAAGUCUUGGAGAGUUGCGUAGAGCGACACGACUCGGCAUCUUUACAACGUCGACUUCUCUUCGUCGUAUCCACCAUUUUUAAAGAACAAAGGAUGGCAUCCGGGUCUUCUCUACCUGUCCCCAAAAUUGCUCAUUCCGAUUUUAUUGCCUUAGAGAAUAUAGUCAUCAGGCUGAGAAGGUCAAGUGCCCCUCAAGUGGCGGAGGCCGCAGUUAGUGCAGCCUUUGAAUUGCAUCACUUGCCUAGAAACUCUUAGUACCGGUCUCCUAACUUGAUCUCGACGGUACAGUAUUAGUAUGCAGAUUCAGUUCGUGUUCUGAAUUUGUUUAUCAUUUAGCACUGAACGAAUCCGCCUUUAUCCAAGGCCUAGGUGAUUCGCAGAUUCCUUCACUCAUUCUUGGUGGCUAGAUGUGUAGCAUACGUAGUAAAAUGUCUGCAAGCGAGAUAUGUUGCAGUUCACAAGUAGUGGGAUAGAUCACCAUUAUUAGUCGUCCUAAUAGUGGCAAUAGUUUGUACAGUAUUCUUAGUACUUUGGGUCUGAAUGAUGCCUGCCAAGGAGGAGUGAAGCGAUGAGUUCCAGUUCGGUAAGAUGGAAUUUCAGGAUAUCAAUAUAUAUAUUGUUAACCACAUACAAUUUUUUUUCAGUUAGUUAACUUCAGUGACCUUCAAUCGAAAUGUGUGAUUCGGCCGAAUAGCCAUGAACACCUAUGUGUGAAGUACACUGAGGAUUACUCAACUACGACGUCCAACAGAUUCUUCAUUUUAGUAGGUGCAUCGAAUAUAGAUUCCGUCCACCAAUCCAGUAGAGUGUAAACCAGGAGACCGAACAUUAGGUGGUCACCAAUAAUGACUCGGAGAGUGAUUUUGUAGCACAGUAGGGACCGAAAUAUGAACCACGAACGAAAUGAAGUUCGUUGAAGAGUAAACUGGUUCCCUUAGCUUGCAUGUGUCUGAGCAACCAGCAUCCUCUAAUGUCAUGUGUUCUACGCUAUAGAGAUCUAGGAUUACUGUCUUGUACGGAGUUUCUUGUAUUGAACUUUGAAAAGGCGAAGUCUUUGCCUUGCUAUUGGUAUCGAUC